GAGCAACACUACUAGUACUCACAACUUUCAUGUAUGUUUCUCCAACGAAAUCAUGAACAACGUCCACUUCCCAGUUCAAGUUGUUGUUUUAUUUCGACGUCUCGUCAAUGUCAUGACUUCCUUUUCAUUAUCUAGCCAGUACCUCAUAUCGAAGGUCAGAGCCGAAGAUGCCCCCAAUCACACACCCAAAGUUCACACCACUUCCAAUAACAUUUGGUGGAACCCGUGGUAUCUGACUAAGUGGGACUGGCUUCGUGUAGGGUCACUUGUGGAUAGUGUUUCGGAGCAACCAACCAAGCGCCUUGCUCCAAAGUUUCCUCAUUGGACCUCGGAAGGCCGAUGCUUCUUCAAGGACGAUACCAAAUCAUCGCCUUUAAAUUUAUCUCCUUCUAAUUCCCAAGUUCCAUCUGAACCUCAUACCGCUGCUCUUGGCACGUUCACUAUCAAGUCCGGUUUGCCGCGGGGGAAUUUACCACCUCAAGGACCAUCCGAAGGUGAAUCCAAUGACACCAUUCAUCUCUUACUGCGAAAUCCAGCACUGUAUGAUCCGAUAAGAGCCCCUAGGUUUCCGAUUGUCCUCUGCCACGGGCUAUACGGUUUCGAUGUGCGAGGUCCUGCUGCAUUUCCAAGUCUCCGAAUGCACUACUGGGCCAACGUUCUCAACAUUCUCAAAAAGAAGGUCGGAGCAGACGUUAUUGUCACAGCGGUACCCGCAACGGGUUCUAUAGCAUCAAGGGCAGAAAACCUUGAUCGGUUGCUCCAGGAUAAAGCUAGAGGACGAGGUGUCAAUCUCAUGGCUCAUUCCAUGGGAGGUCUUGAUUGCCGCCACCUCAUUACACACGUGCAGCCAAAUGACUAUACCCCAUUAUCGCUGACAACAAUCAGUACUCCCCAUAGAGGAAGCCCCUUUAUGGACUGGUGUGCGGCAAAUAUCGGCCUCGGAAGACGACCCCAAAAAGAAGUAUUCAAGAAAACGACUGAGAUUCAGGAGCAGCCUAUGUCGGAAAAAGGGACGACUACUGAGAAGCGCGAGACUUCAUUCUCCUUGUCACUGGCUUCUUUCCCAUCUUCUUUCACAACGCUCUUGCUGUCCAUCCUAGACUCGCCUGCAUAUGCCAACUUGACAUCGUCCUACCUCAACGACGUGUUCAAUCCCGCCACCCCCGAUGAUCCACGUGUCAAGUACUUCAGUGUCACUGGACGUACCGCCGACAUGAGCAUAUGGCACCCGCUUUGUCUCCCAAAGAUGGUGCUCGAUGAGUUGGAACGAGAUGCGAAGGAACGCAUUGAGCGCCAACACGCCGACUCAGGGGACAUGACGUGGGAGCAGGACGACCAGUGGGGGAACGACGGUCUCGUGACCGUGCAGAGUGCAAGGUGGGGUGAAUUUCUCGGGAUAAUGGAGGGCUGCGAUCACUGGGAGAUCAGAGGUGCCCGGGGACUGGAAUUCAAUGUUGACAUGUCAUCUGUGCCCUUGACGAGCAUAGCGGGUCGCGUCAGCGCAGAUGGGUGGGCGUUCGGCGACUGGUCGAAGUUUAUUCGGGCGUGGAAGAAGCAGGAGAAGGGGUCGUCUGGUGGGUAUGAGUUUGCUGGUGCUGGUGGAUCUUCGAUGUCGUCAUCGGACCCGAGAGUCUCCCGAGGGGCCAGGGAAGAGAUGGAUAAGGAGGGCGAAAGUGACCCUGUUGUGAAAGCGUCAACGGAUAAACUCUCGGCCGUGUUCGAUUGGAUCAUCGAUCAGGUCCCAUCGACGAGCAAGUCUCCUCCCCCUGGAGACACUUCAGAGAAGCAGAAGGCCAAGAAGUCGGUCAAGCAUGAGCUGGCCUCUAAAUUGGAUCUGGAGAGAUUUUAUGUUGCGUUAUCCCGGAAGCUGUAUGAUGAGGGGUUGUAAAUCCAUAUUUAAUGUAGUUUAUUCCAUUCUAUUAAAGACGCAACUAUGCAAAUUUGCCGC